UUAACUCGGGUGAACGCCCUCAGCAGCUCAGCUAUUGUGUGCCGAGCACACCAGGGAGAGACACAUAUCCAUUUACUGGGCUGAGGAAAACAAUAAUGAACAGGAUCUGAAAGACAGCGAGGAAACCACAAGAAGGAGCUCAUCGUAAUUUUAAACUGGUUUAAAAGUUUUAAGGGUUUACAGCUCCAGUGCACUACCAGUCACCAUGGAUGAAUUUCCAGCUAAAGUCAGCACUGAAACCAGCUCGCAGCCAACCCAGUCCAGUUCUGGCUUCCGUGGGUUUUCAGUGGGACCCGUCAAAAUGGAUGUGUUGUUUAUUAGGACUAUUCCUGGGAUCCUGAUGAUCGUGGAAAUUGUUCUGGGUUUACUGGUGUGGGCUCUGAUUGCUGGUUCCACAUACAUAAACCAUGCAUUUGGAUGGGUGAUGUUUGUUAGCGUCACACUCUGGGUAAUAACAACCUGCCUGUUUGUGGUCUACUUCCUGGGUGUGCCCGAAAAAAUACAACUUGUUCCUUGGCCUAUUGCGAUGAUGAUCUUUAAUGUCAUUGCUACUGUCCUGUACAUCACUGCCUUCAUAACCAAUGCAGCAUCAGUCCCUGCAAACAUGGUUGCAUAUUACAACAACAAGGCAGCGGCAGCUUUCUUUGCAUGUCUGGUUAUGAUCGCCUACAUUGCAAGCUCCAUCUUCAGCUUCAUGGCGUUCCGAGGACAGGGCAGCAACGCAGCAACAAACCAAGCGACCGGAAACCUCCCAGCAUAGCCAAAUACAGCACACUACAAAAGCAGCAGGCAACACUAACGCAAUUUGUACAUACUUACAAACUUGUCAAUGUUUUUUGAGGUUAAACCAAGCUUGUGUUAUGGGCUUUGCGUUUGCAGAAUGUUAAAGGUGGCUGUCAUUUACUUUAAAAACAUGAUACUUAAUAUGCACCGCAUUAGAAACGAAUCAAUGAGAGAGCACUGUCAUUGUUACACUCUGCAGCUUCACGGUAGUUAUGCCUCUUGACUAGCUAGUCAAUUGCUUUGAUGGGUUCAUCCGUUUGUCAUUUUCCACCAUUGUGUGAGGUCAUGGCUUGGCUUGCAGUGGAUUAUCCUGUUCCAGUAAACAUGGCAACCUUUACGUGCCCUUUGCUUUGACUAUGGGCUCUCUAUCUCUCCAUCCUCAUGAUUAUGGAAGAGAGAUAACACUAAUUCACUAAUGGCUACCAACUUACACUUUGGUUCCACUUUAUAUAAAACAAGCCCAAUCCUUGGAACCAACAGAAUCAAUAAUAUAUUGUGAAUGGUCAACACACACAUGCAGUAAAUGAAUAAGCUCUGAUAAUUUCAUGACCGAUUUUCUAGGUA